AUAUUAUUAAACAUUUCGUUUCAGACAUAAUAAUAGAUCUAGAUCCAGAAUCUAGAUCUAUAGUCUAGAUCUAGUCUAUAUAUUAUAGAUCUAGGCCUAUCUAAACUAAUCUAUUCUGAUCAGCACUAUUGUACUAAACCCUGAGAAAGUAAUACGGCCAGAAAUUAACUUUAAACAGCAGUGUUUGCAAGCAGGAUUUGCUAAAUAAAAAGCGGCCAUCUGUAGAUCUCUACAUAAAUGAAAUAAGGAAACAGCUUCAUUGUUUCAAUAUCACCACACCUUCUUGAACUAAAAGUUAAACAUUUAACACCAUUAGUAGAUGAUACUUUUAUAUACCAGCAUAAACUUCUAUUAAAAAAUGGCUGCCGCCAUGUUUACCCGCUUAACCAAGUUUGGCAAAGGAGAUGAGUAUGAAGACCUGGAUGGAGAUGACAAUGUUGAAAUGGAUAUCACUGAUAUGUACAGAUCUGCUGGGAAAAUGCCUGGAGCUAAAACAAAAAGCCAAAAUGAUGUUAAUAGAGCCGUUCAAAGACAGAAGCCUUUAGAUACUAUACCACCAGUUGAGGAAACCUUCACUGUACAGGAAUGUAUUGAUCAGAUUGGCUUUGGAAAAUUUCAAAUCAAACUCUCAAUACUCACUGGCUUUGCCUGGAUGGCAGAUGCUAUGGAAAUGAUGAUUCUUGCAAUUUUAUCGCCUGCUCUACAUUGUGAAUGGAGAUUAGAUGGGUGGCAAGAGGCUUUUAUUACAACAGUUGUGUUUUGUGGAAUGAUGUGUAGCUCAAGUUUUUGGGGCUCUAUAUGUGACAAAUAUGGCAGAAAAACGGAACUGAUUCUCUGCUCUGUAAUCACCUGCUAUUUUGGAAUUUUGAGUUCGUUUGCCCCAAAUUUUAUAUGGAUGCUUAUCCUCAGAGGUUUAGUUGGCUUUGGCAUUGGUGGAGCUCCUCAGUCAGUAACACUUUAUGCAGAGUUUCUUCCAAGUAAAUCACGAGCCACAUGUGUCACUCUUAUAGAAAUAUUUUGGGCUAUUGGAGCAUGCUUUGAGGUUCUUCUAGCCCUGUUGGUAAUGCCAACUCUAGGAUGGUCUUAUCUUCUAGGAUUUUCUGCUCUCCCACUUUUAAUAUUUUCAUUGUUUUGUGUGUGGCUGCCUGAAAGCGCUCGGUAUGACAUGACUAGAGGAUGCUAUGAUAAAGCACUGCAAACUCUAGAGAGGAUAGCUAAAGACAAUGGCAAGCCAAUGCCUCUGGGUAAACUUGUUGAACCGCAGGGUCAUGCUAUAAAACGUGGACGUGUGAAGGAUUUAUUUAUUCCAGAACUUAAAAUUACAACAAUCUUAUUGUGGAUAAUUUGGUUGGUUUGUGCUUUUUCAUACUAUGGAAUUGUUUUGCUUACUACAGCAAUGUUUGAAAACCCUGAUGGCUGCCAUGGUACUGAUGUAAAAUUCAAUCCCAAUCCUACUUGUUUUCUUGAGUGCAAAUCUUUAACCACAAAAGAUUAUAUAGACUUGACAUGGACAACCUUUGCUGAGUUUCCAGGUUUGUUUAUCACUGCCUAUCUACUGAACAAAAUAGGACGAAAAUACACAAUGGUUUUGGAGUUUAUAAUUUUUACUCUGUUUGUCAUGUUGGUAAACAUCUGCAUGACCAGAGCAGUCUUAACUUUUUUCCUUUUUGUAGCAAGAGCAUUUAUUUCUGGAGCAUUCCAAGGUGCUUAUGUUUACACUCCUGAGGUAUAUCCAACUUCAAUGCGUGCACUUGGCCUGGGAACCUGUAGUGGUAUGGCAAGAAUUGGGGCUAUAGUUACACCUUUUGUGGCUCAAGUCUUACUUAAGGAAUCAGCCUAUGCUGCCGUUUCCAUCUAUGGAGUCAUGUGUUUAAUAGCUUCUGCAGCUGCAUUCUUGUUGCCUAUAGAAACCAAAGGAAGAGAUAUGAAGGAUUCAGGGCAUGAAGAAACUAAAUCCAAAAAGUAACAGAGCUCACUUCUAAGGCAAAUAGAAAUUUUCACUGACUGUUUUAAGUUCCUGGAAAAAAUCCUUGUUGAAUUUCUAAACAAGGCUUUAACUCCUUGUUAACAGUUUCGUUUUAUGUAUCUAUAUCUAUAUAUAUAUAUAUAGUUAGGUUGUUGUACUUAUUGUGGGGAAUUAAGAUAUUUUGAAGAUACUAUGGUUUUUUUUUAAUUUGUAUUUUUUGAAUAAGUUAUUAUAUACUUUUGAAAAUUAUAUUUUAAUAAUGCUUAAAUAUUACAUUGUGAUAAUUUAAUUGUAGUUUGUUGUUCUUCAAAACCAUCAUAAGUUAUAUGGCUUUAAUAAGCUCAAUGGGCAAGUGUUUUUUUUUUUGUAGUUAUGUUUGCCAAAAGAUUGAUCUUUAAUACAUUCUCAACUGUGAGGCUACUCCCCUUUACUUUUUUAGGGGUAUUAAAGCUAAAAGUAUACACAAACUUUAUUAAACUACUGAUACUUAACAAUUAUCAAUUCACUUAUACUGUAUUAUAUAUUUUUUAAUAGAGAUUUUCAGUUAUUUAUGACCUAGUGAACCAUAUGAAUCUCAUGUUAGUGUUUAACAUAGAAUAAUAUUAUUUUUACAUGUUUGAUAAAUAAAAACAGUGGACUGUAACUUUUUGUCAACUUAUAUUAAUUUAUUUUAAAACUUUCUGUGAAAUUAAAAUUGAUUUUUUUCUAACGGAUAUGACAAAGCUAUUGUUAAUAGCAAUAGUACUAGAUUUUAAAAACUACUAGAAGACAAUUUUACUGUUUCAAAUGAAAAGUUUUUGCUUUUUUUGUAUAUUUUUAAUGUGAUAAGGUGUUGCCAUUACUUUUGUAUUUACACUCCAACCAAUUUGUUAUAUGAAUUUGUGAUAUUGUCUGGCAAAAAUUUUUUUAUCAUUUUUAUGUAUAAAAUUUGCCUUCACAGCAAUGUAGCAUUUUUAUAUUGAUUCAGUUUCUUUAUUAAAUAUUGUUAAGCGUAUUGCCUUCUAGAAUUUUUAUGUUCUAAUUAUACUUGCCCCUGAAAAGUACUCAAAAUAGGAAUGAAAACUUUCUACAGGCUUUUUGGUGUAGAAUUAUCUUUACUUAAAUUUUUAUUGAUAUAUUUGAAUUCUCACUUUAGGUAGUAACUAAUUUAAAUGUCUUUUAAAUUUUAGUAAAAUGUUCUAAACAUUGUUUUUGAACUUUCUAAUGUUUAAAUAAUUAUUAAGAAGAAAGGCUUUCACAUUAAAUAAUUUCUUUAGCUUAGUAGCAAUGCUCUCUUGUAAUCUGCUGGAGAUGGUUGCCUCCUUAAUCCUGUGAUCUAAAGGAUAAUCUUCUAUUUUAGUGGGAUCAAAGGUUGCCUCCUUAAUCCUGUGAUCUAAAGGAUAAUCUUCUAUUUUAGUGGGAUCAAAGGUUGCCUCCUUAAUCCUGUGAUCUAAUGGAUAAUCUUCUAUUUUAGUGGGAUCAAAGGUUACCUACUUCUUGAUUAAGACCAAACUCCGAAUAGUUUAAGCUUUUUAAAAUUAUUAAUCCAUUUUCAUAUCUUGUAAUUCAAAAUUAUACACACACUUUAAAAUAUGCUCAGUUAUUUUAAAAUGACACGUGACCUUUAAAAAAAAUUUAUUGUUUACAAAGAUUUUAUUUUAAAUGUUCUGUUGAAAGCAUAGUUCAGAACAUUUAUUUGUAAAUGCAUUUGUUUGCGGACUUUAACUUACUCAUUUAUUUAGUCAGAUGUGUUCAGGCCCUGGUUGCCAUAGAUACUGAAGAGUAUGUUUGAUGUUUACAAUCUGUAGCUGCUGCAAUAAUUACUUUGUAUUUUUUUAUUGUGUGUCUGUUGUGGCUGUACUGGACAUUUUGGGACAAAUUAAAUUAGAAAUUAAUAAUUUUGAAACACUUAUACUGAUUUGUUUUGAAGUUAGAGCUAUUCGUAUCACAAAACCAUGUGCUAAAAUCUGUGUUAUUUAAAGUCAGGUUUACAGUGUAUACAUCUGAGGGUGUAACUAAUAGGAUAAGAAUGUUAUGUUGCACAACAGUAAAUGACUUGCACAGAAUAUAAAAACAGAUACCAUAUGGCCAUCCAAAUCAUGUCCUCUCCUUAAAGUUUCUCUUGAUCAUUCAAAUAUAAUGAUUUAUAAUUUGCCAGUGUUUUAUACUUAAAUGCAUUUUUUUUAAGUUCAACUUGAAAAAUAUUCUUUGUAAUGGAUUACAUUUUUGGUAUUAAAAUUGAAGUCAUGUUUUCAAAAGGUGGCUUUCUAUUGACUUCAUAUUAAAGUUACGUUUUUUUCUCUAAUAUACAUUACAUUAAUCUAAUUUUGUCAAUUUGCGCAAAAAGACAGGAAUACUAAAUUUUUAAAGAAAUAAUGGUCUGAAAACAUCUUUUUACUCACAAAUUCUAGGGUUUUGAAUGAGCAUCUAUGAAUGACAUAAAUCCAUUUAUUUCUAAUUCAGUCUUUUCAAUUGGGGCUUUUUUCUUCUUUCAACAACACAUUGAAAGUCAUCUUGAAGGUAUUCGAUUUAAGACUAAUAAUUCAGCCUGUAGAAAACACUUGUACUUUGUUAAGAAUCAUUUGAUGUUAGUUGUAAUACAUUAUCUUAGAAUAGUUAGAUUUAUGUCAUAUUUAUAGUGAAAUAGCUAUAUGAUUAUUUUGUAGAGGCAUUUUUAUUUGUAAUACAGUAAAUAAAUGAAAUGGCUUUCAGUUUU